AUGAGCUGGACGAGCUUCAAAAAAUCUGUUAAUCGUACUGGAACAAAGAUAUCACAAAAAAUUGGUGCAAUUGAAAAGACCGUUGAUCAAGAUUUCGAUCUCGAAGAACAAAGAAUUAAGAGUCUUGAAGCAAAAUGUGAAAAACUUCAUAAAGAAACUAAAGGUUAUUUAGAAUCAAUGAGAACUUUAUCCUCUGCACAAUUGAGAAUUGCUGAGACCGUUAAUCAUUUUUACGAAGAUUCAAGUGAUAAUUCAUUGGUUGGAAAUAAGUACAAAGAAGUUAUAGAUAGAUUAGAUCAUGAUUGUAGAACAUACUUGGAUGAACCUUAUCGUCGUACUGUAAAUGAACCUAUUGGACGACUUUGCGAUUAUUUCCCAGAUAUUAAUGAGGCCAUUAAAAGACGCAAUAAUAAACUCUUAGAUUACGAUAAACAACGUGCUAAAGCUCGCAAAUUAAUUGAAAAACCGCCGGAUGACACAACAAAAUUACCAAGGGCUGAACAAGCAGCAAACGAAGCGCGUGAAAUGUACGAGUCGCUUAAUAAUCAACUUUGUACCGAAUUACCUAAAUUAAUUGAUCUUAGAGUUCCUUAUAUAGACCCUACAUUUGAAGCUUUGGUUAAAAUUCAAUUAAAAUUCAGUCAAGAAAGUUAUGAUAGCCUAAAUAGUUUAAAAAAUCAUUUUCCUUCUAAUAGCGAAGGACCUGUUGAUAAUAACGUUGAUGCUGUUUUACAACAAAUGCGUGAUUUAGCUAUUUGCGGAAUGAGUUAG